AUGAUACAAAAUGUGCAAAAAGUGACAAGUCCCGCAAGUUAUCAGGAUGGAUUGCUUACAGAAAAAAGGAGCGUCGGCAGCCUUUCUACCCCGGAUAAAGGACGUUGUCUCACCACGUUUUGGGACGAAAUUGUGAAGAAAACUUCUCUCUCAGAUGAGUUCGAUGUAGAAGCGUUUUUCCAAAUAAUCCGAGAGAGGCUGAACAGUCCCGAGAAAGAAGUGAGACAGCAUGCUCUAAGAGUUCUGAAGGACUUCAUCCCAGUAGUGAACCGUCAUGUCCUUGAAACAAAUAUUAACUCAAUUUUAGAAGACGUACUAAACAACCUGGGCCAUGGCGCUCCUUCGAUUAGAAAGAGCAGCAUCGAUUGUCUUUAUAUGUAUGUCAAACACAGCGACGAUUCCGACAAUGCACUCAAGAACAUCGUCUUUACCGGAAUGUACAAAGAACCGCACGGCUCGCACUUGAAAACUAACACAGUGGCCGGCAUAAUUAUGGCGCUACCAAAUCUCAUACUCCCUCACAUUUCGCAGGACACCCUUUAUUAUGUGAUAACAGCUUUAUUUAAUAAACUGGUGCAAGUGACGUAUCAGGAAGUAGCCCUAAAGGCGCUUCUAAGGACUGAGGCUGUUUUAGGAAAGGAAAGGUUUCGAAGCAUAUUGAAUAUUUGCGGAUAUGAUAAUAGGGAGAAGGAUUUGGAUUUGCUGAGCGAGGUGUACGGCAUAAAUCCGGAAACGAUAAGGGAAUUUCAGCCCGAUGACGAGGAAGAUGACGAUUUUGAUGGGAUCCUGAACGACUCGGUUACGUUGAAGGAACCUGUUGAUGACGAUGUGAUAUUAGAAGCGGAAAUUAAACUCGAUAGCGGUGAUGCUAUAACAAUGAAGGUGCACGAAGAAAAUUACACAUUAUCAUCGCCUACCUCAGAAAGCGAAGACAGCAAAAAAGAAUAUAACAGAAAAGGUUCAGAUGUAGGAGACGGAACGACCGAUGACGAAAAGAAAGAUUACUUCCCUAGAAGCCCAAGAAAAGUUCGCUUCGGGGGUGAAGUCAUAAAAAUGAGAACCCCCGACAGUGAUGGCCACAGCUCCGAAAAUAACAGUAAAAAGGACGCUUCGUUAAAUAAUAAUACCAAAAGUAGCAUACCAAUUCGGAUACGGAAGUCAAACAGCUAUCAGGAUAUUGGAGAAAACGAUAACAGUAUUAGCAACGACAGACCGAGUUUAGUAGAGUAUAAAAAAUCCUUCAUUCCGAUAAGAAAAGCCGCUCAAGGCGACAAAUUCGACGUAAUUGAAAAUAUGAAACCUUCCAAAAGCUUUUCAAUCUUUCCCGAAACCGAUUCGCACUACUCGACGAACAAUUUCAACCGAAUUACAGGAAUGGACAACGCCGGUAUUUAUGGACGCAAUGGUCGGUGGAACCCCAAAGGAAUUAAUCAUGAUUUCCGCAACGGUUAUGGAAACAAUGGACUGAUUCAAUAUGAUUCCCAUUCAGUUGCGACAAAUUACAACUUUUUGGAUAAUAACUUUAGAGUCAGAGGUCGCGGACCAGGACAAUAUAAUGCUUUCAAUUCAAGAAGAGGAUAUUCGAGUGCUAGUCCAAUCAGUCUUAUACCUGUUGCUGGUCACCGAAACAGGAGCAACCACUCGGCUCCAGAAAUUUAUAACACUUCCAAUCAAGACGAUUACAUUCCACAAAACACUAGAUUUUGCGACAACAAUUCGGCAUUUUUAAUAGAAAAUGAAAGCAAGCAAGAAACGUUACCGAACAACUUCAGCAGCGGAAGUUCUUCAAAAAGUCCAUCCAACUUAUCUGCAGAGUCUAUCGCAGAAAGCAACAACAGAAGCAAUAAUAGCAUUAACAAACCUACGCCAACGCCAGUAGCAAGUGUUAAUGCGUCUCCUAAAUCAACCGAAAUUAAAAUAGAAGACGUCACUGACACCAUCCUCAUAUCGAGUGAAGAAAGUGAUAAUGUUCCAGACAGAAAUUCAGUAUGUGGUAGCACCACGCCAGAGAAUAUCGUCAUCAACAGUCCUGUCACAAGUCAGAGUACCAUUACUGAAAUUACCAGUCCUUCGGGGAGCCAAACAUCAUUGUUGGACCAAAGAAAGGCCACCGAAAUGGUUUCCAAAAACAUGAACUUGUCCAAAUCAGAUUCUGAUUUGAGAUACAGUUCGCCGUUGGAAGUUCGAACAACAACGAACUCAGCUCCGUCCACUGUUAAAGCUAUGGCAUUUACUCCUUUAAAAGAUCAUGUUGUUUAUAGCGAAUCACCUAUUGAAUUACCAAACUGCAAUGGUGCUAAUAUAGCGUCGUCUUUACCUGAUUCUCUUGAUGCAAACAGUAUAUCAGCUGAUCCGCAAACAAGACCAUCAAAGAUGAUAAAGAACAGAACUACUGUUAGCUCAACUCGUGGUAAAAAACUUUACAAGCAGAAAUCCGUCAAUUUGCCAAAACGACAAAAUCUGAGCACGACCAUGACUCAGCUGGAGAGCAAAGAUUGGGAUACAACAAUCAAAGGACUCAAAGCGAUAUCUAUUCUUAUAAAAGAAAGUCCGUUUCAAUUGAAUGGACAUCUUCAUUCCGUCUGUGUUUUACUUGGAAAACAUAUACGGAGUUUGAGAUCACAAGUGGCUAGGUCUGCAUGUAACGCUACAGCUGACUUAUUCAUGUUUCCGGUUAAAAGUUUAGAAGUGGAAGUCGAUGAUUUAGCUGCCGCACUUUUCCAUAGAACUGCGGACACAAACAAGUUUCUUCGAAGUGAUGCGAAAAAUGCUUUGGAUAAAAUGUGCAGCAAUCUGCCUCCCACCCGAGUGAUUGCUGUUAUUUUGAAUAAAGGUGUAUGCCAUCACAAUCCCAUAGUCCGUUGCGAAUCGGCCAGGUUGCUCAAUCAAAUUUCUCAAACCCUUGGACACGAAAAAGUAUUUCAACUUCCGAAAGAUACAAGAGACAAAUUACUGAAAACUGCUGCUAACUUUUUAGGAGAAGGAAAUUAUGAAACAAGGCAACAUACUCAAAAACUGUUACUUUACUUAUGUCAACAUAAGCAGUUCUGGAAAACAGUUGUCAGCACUCUUUCUCCAACACACGUGCGAGCCAUUGGUAACGUCGUUCAAAAACGACUUCAGAAUAAUUAGUAUACAAAGUAAAUAAAAUAUUGUACAGUAAUUUUAUUUGAAUACAUUACAGAAGACUAAGAAGCAUUUUCCUAGCAAGGAUCAAACGAAUAAAUAGACUGUUUUUUUAUAUUUAAUUGAUAAUGGGGUAAUUAUAUUAUUUAUAGUAUUGAAAAAAUCAAAAAGGAAAAUGUAGCUUAGGGUUUCUGAAAAAAUGAUGUAUCGUAAACAAAGAAUAGGAUAAUUAUUUUAUAACUAUAUCAUAAUUUCUAAACAAAUACUACAUUAAGUUUUAAACCCCUAGAUACUUCAAAGAUUAUUAUCUGUUAAGUAAUUUUGAUACGUGUUACUCCGACAAAAGAUAAUGUAUUUAUUUUUAUGAACUAAGUUGUCUACAACUAUAACUUUAAUUGAAAUGAAUAUAGUUUAUUAUCGAUCUUCCUUUUUACAGUGUUAUUAAGUGCGGACGGUUUUUUACCAAGCAUUUACUGACAGACGUAGGAAAGCAAUAAACUAAUACUAAUAAAAUACGGUAAUAAACAUAUUUAAUACGUACCGUUGAGUUUCAUUUUAUUUCAA